UUCAAACCAAGUUGCAGGCUUUUGAGUUUUCCAUAAAUGGUAGAACUAUAGUUUUCACAGUUUUGGCUCCAUUCUUUCUUCUUCUUCUUCUUUCACGUGAAUCCAUUUCUUCUUCAUCUUGUUGUUUGCUAAUUCUUCAUAUCCUUUUCUCUAUCCAGAUAUGAAAUUACAACUCUCACAACUAUAAGCUAAAAACGAACAACGAAUGCUACAGUUUGUUAGCUGAGAUUGCGUUUGCGUUUGCGUUCUCUGCGUUUGCGCAACGGCCUAUAACAUAUAUAUAUAAAUGGCUAAGGACUAUACCGGAUCUCCAAAAGCUAACCAAGUGCUAGAAACCAAGAGAAGACGUCUCACUUGGAUACUCUCCGUCAGCGGUUUAUGCGUUCUCUUCUACGUAUUAGGCGCCUGGCAAAACACCGUUCCCGGUCUCACCAGCCGAUCCGAGAUCUACGAUCGAGUCGGAUGCGAAAAUGGAUCAUCAUCAUCAUCAAAACCUAGCAGCGGCGGAGGCGAUUCAUAUUCAGGUUUGGAUUUCGGAAGCCAUCAUCAAUUGGACGUUGAAAACAAAAAGGAAACCAAACAAAUUCCACCAUGUGAUAUGUCAUACAGCGAAUACACACCUUGUCAACAUGCUCAAAGAGGAAGAAGAUUCGAUCGAGAUAGAUUGAUUUACAGAGAACGACAUUGUCCUACUAAAGACGAACUUCUCAAAUGCUUAAUACCUGCUCCACCUCAUUACAAAACGCCUUUUAAAUGGCCGCAGAGUAGAGAUUACGCUUGGUAUGAUAACAUACCUCAUAAGGAACUCAGUAUUGAGAAAGCUAUACAGAAUUGGAUUCAAGUUGAAGGCGAUCGUUUCCGGUUUCCCGGCGGCGGCACCGGUUUCCCUCGCGGCGCUGAUGCUUAUAUCGAUGAUAUUAACGAGCUUAUUUCGCUUACAGAUGGAACUAUACGAACCGCAAUCGAUACUGGAUGCGGAGUUGCUAGUUGGGGAGCUUACUUGCUGAAGAGAGAUAUUCUUGCGAUGUCGUUUGCUCCUAGAGAUACUCAUGAAGCGCAGGUUUGGUUUGCGUUGGAGAGAGGAGUUCCUGGAAUGAUCGGAAUACUGGCGUCGAAGAGACUUCCGUAUCCUGCAAGAUCCUUCGACAUGGCUCAUUGUUCUCGUUGCUUAAUUCCUUGGAACAAAUACGAUGGAAUGUAUUUGAUUGAGGUUGAUAGAGUAUUGAGGCCAGGCGGUUACUGGAUUCUAUCAGGUCCUCCGAUCAGAUGGAAAUCGUAUUGGCAAGGUUGGGAUAGAACUAAAGACGAUUUGAAGCAAGAACAGGACGAGAUUGAGGAAAUCGUUAUGCGUCUCUGUUGGAAGAAAGUUAUAGAGAAGAAAGAUUUCGCAAUCUAUCAGAAGCCGAUCAACCACCUUGACUGUCCAAACAGCGGAAACGAAGAUCAAACACUACAAAUGUGCAAAUCAGGAAACCCCGACGAAUCAUGGUACGUGAACAUGGAGAAAUGCAUAACACCUUUACCGGAUGUAAGUAGCUCAGAGGAGAUCGCGGGAGGUGGAGUAGAGAAGUGGCCGGAGCGAGCGUUUUCAGUUCCUCCUAGAAUAAGCAGGGGAACUAUUACAGGCGUUAACGAGAAAGUGUUUAAAGAAGACAAUAGCUUGUGGAAGGAACGCGUAACGCAUUACAAACACAUAAUAGGAAAUCUAGCUCAAGGUAGAUAUCGAAACUUGAUGGACAUGAAUGCUAACUUAGGAGGUUUCGCUGCUGCACUACUUAAGUAUCCGGUUUGGGUGAUGAAUGUUGUCCCGGUUAAUAUUGGUCAAGACACUCUAGGCGUCAUUUACGAACGAGGUUUAAUAGGAACUCAUCAUGAUUGGUGCGAAGCUGUAUCAACUUAUCCGAGAACUUAUGAUCUGAUCCAUGCUGGUGGCGUGUUUACCUUAUAUGAAGACAGGUGCGAUAUGACGGAUAUAUUGAUCGAGAUGGAUAGAAUAUUGAGACCGGAAGGGAUAGUUAUAUUCAGGGACGUGGUGGAGACUCUGGUGAAGAUUAAAGAUGUAACGGACGGAAUGAGAUGGAAGAGUCAGAUUAUGGAUCAUGAAAGCGGCCCGUUUAUACCCGAGAAAGUUCUUCUCGCGACUAAAACUUAUUGGACCGGUGAAAUCAAGCAGGAAUAGAACACGACGAUAACGACACGAGGAAGAUGAGUAGUUUGUUUAAGGGAUUAUCAGGGACAAGAAAGAAAGUAGUAAGAGGAAAACAUAAUAUCAUUUAUUUGUAAGAGCAAGCUUUAUUUAUUAUGUGAUAUUAUUGAAUUUCACUUGUCUCUGUUUAAUUGGAAUAUUUGUUUCUUAAGCUGCUAACCAAAUUUUAUAAUAGUAUGUUUCAAU